AUGGGCCGUCUCGCCAACAUGAACCGCCCCGCUGCAGUCGAGAUUAAAAGCGAGUGCAUGAGGUUCCUGAUCACCCAUAACCCCACCAAUGCCACGCUCACCAAGUUCACCGAGGAGCUGAAGAAGUUUGAGGUGAACACACUGGUGAGAGUUUGUGAAUCCACAUACGAUAAAGCACCAAUCGAAAAAGAGGGGAUUCAAGUCGUGGACUGGCCGUUUGACGAUGGCGCACCCCCUCCCACCCAAAUUGUAGACGACUGGUUGAAGCUGCUCAACACAAAAUUUCGAGAGGAACCCGGCUGCUGCGUCGCUGUGCACUGUGUGGCUGGGCUAGGCCGAGCUCCAGUCCUGGUGGCCUUAGCUCUCAUUGAAAGUGGAAUGAAGUAUGAAGAUGCAGUGCAGUUCAUAAGACAGAAAAGACGUGGAGCUUUCAACUCCAAACAGCUCCUGUACCUGGAGAAAUACAAAUCGAAGAUGCGUCUGCGCUUCAAGGAUACCAAUGGCCAGCACUGCUGCCUGCAGUAA